GACGCUCCCUGCAGCCCCGCCCUGCCUCCCCCGUCCUGCAGGCGGCCGUCUAUAAAAAGCCUUGAGACGCAGGGACGGACACUUUCCACGUCAGUCAGACGGACAGUCAGACGGCCACAUACGACCCCCUUCUCUUCUCUGAGCAGCACCUAUCAGUCAGGAUGUCCAUCACUAAGAUUCACGCUCGUGAGAUUCUGGACUCCAGAGGAAACCCCACCGUGGAGGUGGACCUGUGGACAGCCAAAGGUCUCUUCAGGGCCGCCGUCCCCAGUGGAGCAUCUACUGGAGUCCAUGAGGCGUUGGAGCUCCGUGACGGAGACAAGAGCCGCUACCUGGGCAAAGGUACUCAGAAGGCUGUGGAGCACGUCAACAAGGACAUUGCCCCCAAGCUGAUUGAGAAGAAUUUCAGCGUUGUCGAGCAGGAGAAGAUCGACAAGUUCAUGCUGGAGUUGGACGGGACUGAGAAUAAAUCUAAGUUCGGAGCUAAUGCCAUCCUGGGUGUGUCACUGGCCGUCUGUAAGGCUGGAGCGGCAGAGAAGGGCGUUCCUCUCUACCGCCACAUCGCCGACCUCGCUGGACACAAGGAUGUUAUACUUCCUGUUCCUGCCUUUAACGUGAUCAACGGUGGAAGCCAUGCUGGAAACAAGCUUGCCAUGCAGGAGUUCAUGAUUCUGCCCGUCGGAGCCUCCAACUUCCACGAGGCCAUGAGGAUCGGAGCCGAGGUGUACCACAACCUGAAGAAUGUCAUCAAGGCCAAGUACGGCAAGGACGCCACCAACGUGGGAGAUGAGGGCGGCUUUGCCCCAAACAUCCUGGAGAACAACGAGGCUCUGGAGCUGCUAAAGACCGCCAUCGAGAAGGCCGGUUACCCCGACAAGAUCAUCAUUGGCAUGGACGUGGCUGCCUCCGAGUUCUUCCGCAACGGAAAGUACGACCUGGACUUCAAGUCCCCCGACGACCCAUCCAGACACAUCAGCGGAGAGCAGCUGGGAGACCUGUACCGCAGUUUCAUCAAGGGUUACCCCGUCCAGUCCAUUGAGGAUCCGUUUGACCAGGACGACUGGGAGCACUGGUCCAAGUUCACAGCUUCUGUAGAUAUUCAGAUUGUAGGAGAUGACUUGACGGUGACCAAUCCCAAGAGGAUCCAGCAGGCGGUUGAGAAGAAGGCCUGCAACUGUCUGCUGCUCAAGGUCAACCAGAUCGGUUCAGUCACCGAGUCCAUCCAGGCGUGUAAGUUGGCUCAGAGCAGUGGAUGGGGUGUGAUGGUCAGCCAUCGCUCUGGAGAGACUGAGGACACCUUCAUUGCUGACCUGGUGGUCGGACUGUGCACUGGACAGAUCAAGACCGGCGCCCCCUGCAGGUCAGAACGUCUUGCCAAAUACAACCAGCUGAUGAGGAUCGAGGAGGAGCUCGGAGACAAAGCCAAGUUUGCCGGGAAAGACUACCGCCACCCCAAGGUUAACUAAAGCUCUGCCUCCCCGCCGCUCUGUCGCCAUGGCAACUGACUGACGAUCUCUGUGGCUCCUCCCUUUCAAAGUAUGGGAUGAGAGGGCAGAGGUCAUAGAGGGUUUUUGACCCUGUUUUCCCAGAUAGAAUUCCAUGACUGUUUUCUACAAAAGUGAAUAAACAGUGACGAAGAAAA